AUGGACAUCUAUGACCCCUCCAGUGCAGCUUAUAAAAAGGCCAGGCGACAGUACUUGAAGACGACAAAGAGUAGAACUAAAGAUUUAGAUGCAGAAUGGACCCCAUUCCGAGCAGCGGAGAAAAGAUAUAAAGCACGUUUCCCCCCUCCUGAUCUCAGCCACGUCCUAGAUUUAUCAUCAGCCACCUGUGAUGCUGUGACACUAGCCAGUGGUCAGAGUUUUUAUUGCAACGGGGUUGAGAUCAAAUUUCUUGAUACGAAUGAAUCGACGUCUUCUGGCGUCGGUAAAGCAUUUGCAGUCCCCCACGUCCCAGGUCUUGUUAUACUUCCAUCGUUUGUUUCCCCUCAGGAUCAGCGACGACUAGUGCAAUGGGCUCUUCGUGACCAUGCACGGCAUCCCAAUGAAACAAACCUUGAUGCUCAUUAUAUCCUGCCCAACGAAGGGUUAUGGAAUGCACAUCUUAAUUCAGAUGCGCCUUUGAUCAGAACACGAGCAUACCCAGAGUUUCGAUGUUGCAUUCACCGAAGCCUCCGCCUGCGCCGUCUCCGACUGUUUCGCCAGCUCUCACCCACUGCACUUAUCUCAAGGUUGCGCUGGGCAAAUAUCGGAUGGUCAUAUCAUUGGGGUAGUAAGCAAUAUGACUUCACCAAGGGCAAAGGUCGUGUCGACAAUGAAAUCGGAGCCAUAUGCAAGCGGGCUGUCUCCGCUGUUAAUUGGAAAGAAGUAUUUGGACAAUCGGACGAGGAAGGAUGGGUUGAUGAACAUUGGAGAAGUUGGCAUGAGACAUAUGAACCUGAUGCUGGCAUCGUUAAUUACUAUCAAAUCAAGGACACUCUCAUGGCACACGUAGAUCGCUCGGAAGUCUGUGCUACGUCACCUCUGGUUUCGAUAUCGCUGGGCAACGCCGCUAUCUUCCUCAUCGGUGGUCUUACUAGAGAUGUGGAGCCAACGGCGAUUCUUCUUCGCUCGGGUGAUGUUGUGAUAAUGUCCGGACCUGCUUGUAGACGGGCCUAUCACGGCGUUCCCCGUAUCUUGGAGGACACUCUGCCUGAUCACUUCUCCCUGAAAUCGGAUGGCGAAGGAUUCUCUAGUUGGACAUCAUAUGAAUUAUACAUGCGGACAACUCGGAUUAAUAUCAAUGUCCGACAGGUUUUUCCAAAGGGGUUCGAUCCUGGCCUACAAGUGGAGAAUUAA